AUGAGUAGAAGAGGAAGGACCGCCAGAGGACAAAUCGAUCCACGAUACGCCAGAACUGUUGAAAGAAUCAGAAGCUCCAUGAUCAGAAGAGGUGAAGAGGAUGAGGAGCCCGAUCUUGCCACAUUGACUGAACGGAACAUGCAAAUUGCGGAAGCGUUGGGAGCUCAAAGUUGGAAGGACAGAACUGAGGAGCUGAGAUCUAUGUCGACUUCAGGAGGACGAACCAAGUAUGUCAGAAAGAUACGAUUCACCAGAGAAUGUGGUAACUGCGGUAACAGCACAGCAACUGACGAAAUCCCGGAGGAAGGAAGCUCGACAGGACCGUCACUUGCGCAAGCGGUUUCAGAGUACCUCAGUACAGGCAGACAAGCAAAAAACUUGAGAGUUGACGAAAGUUAUGAACCUGAAGAUGAUUCUGAAGAUGAAGAACACGAGAGAGAAUUGGCCAGAAAAAUGCUCAGUCAACCAACGGUAAACAGGGCGGCUCCUCCAAAACAACAGUUCAAGGAAUUUAUAAAAGGCACAAAAGAAUAUGAGGAGCAGUUGGCUAUCGAGAAGGAAAAACUCAUAAAUGACAUGAAGGAACUCAGACUUCUUCAGCUGAAGCGUGAUGAGGAGGAUAAGAAGAGAAGAGCUGUAGAGGAUCGUAUCAAGGAAGAAAAAGAGAAAAAGCGUCUUGCAGAACGUCAGAAGAUUGUGGAUGCAGCAAUUGCUGAGAGAGAAGCAAGUGGAAACACGGACAUGGACUAUGUCGUAUACGUCUUCGAUGGAAAGGCACACUUCUUGAGAGCUUCUCCAUUGGAAGACUAUCGUCCAGCGGAAAAGGACAGAUGCGUGUUGAAAUAUUGCUCAUAUCACUCGAAUAAAUCAUCUAAGAACUCGUCGGGUAGCAGAUACUAA